GCACCAAUUACAUGGAAUCCGCCUAAAAUCUUAAAAGAAGAAGAAAGGCGAGGACGUGAAGCAGCGUCAAUAACAGAUUUUCGAAGUAGCUGUCAACUCGCUUUUUAUUCAAGCAUACGAGCCCCGAGCCAGAAAUGCAGAUUGACGGAGGAGAAGAGAGGCCGGCAAUGGAGGGAGCAGCGGCAGCAGCUUCUCCUGCUGCUGUUCCCCCUGCUUUAAAGCCAGUUUGGGUUUUGCUGGAAGAAGCCGCGCAAAUGAAGACCGAAGGGAACGCUUUCUACCGGGAAAAGAACAUCCGUUCCGCUGUUGGCCGUUAUCACCGUGCUCUUUUGAUUCUUCGAAGCCUCGACUCUAAAGUGCACUCAACUUUAAAAGGAUUUGGACCAGAGAGGCCAGCUCUCACAUCUGAACAAGAGACAUUCUUGAGAAACACACAAGUGGACUGCUUCAACAAUUUAGCUGCCUGUUUGCUGCAGAGAGAGAGUGUGGACUAUUCUCGUGUCCGUGAGUACAGCCUGCGAGUGUUGGAGCAGCGACCAGCUGAUUCCAAAGCGCUGUACAGGGUGGGCGUUGCCACACUAGAGCUGGGAGACGCACAGCAAGCCAAGCAGUACCUGACCCAGGCCUGCAUGGUGCAGCCUAAUGAUGUGAACGUCAGGAGGUACCUGCAGAAGGUCGAGGAGAAGCUAAGCCAUGAGUUAGUCCAGGAGAAAGCCAUGUACCGAGGCAUGUUUGCCUCUAGCACAAAGAGUAGUUCUGGAGAAUAGAACCAGACUGAUGCAUCGAGCGAGGUAGUCUCUUAAUGAUGCCUCAUCUGAGCUCAGGGACUUUGUUCAAGCCGGGCGGAUGGCAGACCAACGAAAGAACAUUCUGAAAAGAAAGCCUGAACCAGUAAUGUCUUAUUUUUUCUGUGAUGAGUGAGGGACAGCAAUAUUUGUCUACUACCAGUAAAAAUUUUGGACAUAACAAGUUUCAUACUAUUGAAACAGCGUUCAAACUUUUCACUGGUAGUAAAUGUUAAACAUUAAAAAAAGAGGUUUCAGAUGGAGAGUUGAGACGAGAAAUUGUGUUCCCUAGCAACAAGGAGAGCAGGUCUUGAACUCAGCAGAGCAAACAUGUCCACAGAGCUGAGCUGACUCUGAAAGCAAAUACGGUCAACUGUUCAUUUUCAACCAGAUUGUUUUGUUUCGUAAAUUCUACAGGGCUAUCAACCCAAUAUGAAUCUUGCUGGUUGUAUGGGUUUGUAUUUAUAACACGGGUGAUGUUUCGUUGCAGGUUUAUUUUAUUCAUUGAGAAGUUGCACUUAGUCACACGCAACAAUUCUUUCAAAAUCCUGAGCACAUAAAAAAAAAAAAAUUGGUUUUGGUCAACAUUUGGCCAGUAUGAUUGUACUUCAGAGGCAGGAUUGCCAAUUGUAAAAAAAAAAAGAACAUCAUUCCCCCAUUUACUGAUCACCAAAUUUGUCACAGAGCAGCAUGCAGAACAGUGUAUACGAAUAAAUUUGUUUUCAUAAGUUA